AUGGGAUGUCGCCCAUCGACACCGAAAUCCGCUGCGGCAGCAUCACCUGAACCAAGCAUUGAAGAGCUAGACGAUGAUGAGACAUCGAAAAGUCGGAUGUAUCGCCCUUCGACAGACGAUCCGCAGCCUCCAGACCCUCAGGAUGAUUUGAGUUCUGAAGCGCCGAGCGAAGAAUCCGCGGGUCCAGAUCCUCAAGAGAAGGAGCAUCUCUGUCAAACAGAGGUCACGCUACAAUGGCUGGUACAGGUCAUAGGUGAUAGAUUUGACAAGACAUUCGAAGAAGAACCGCGAUGGAUCGUAGAACGAUUGAAUCGACCAAAAAUGGAUGAACUCGCAAAUACAACGAUAAUGAGGGUAACAUUCGGUUGGGAGGAUCGUGCUCUACCGAAGAAUGUCAUUGUUAAGACGAUACCCUCCAAGGACCUUCGCGAUGACGAGGAAUCAAAAUUCGCUUUAACGAAAUUCAAAAGGAGAAGAGAAGGUCUUCUUGACAUGAACUACAAACGUCCGGUCUUCUCUUAA